AUGGCAGGAUUACUUUUAAGUAGAACUGAAAAAGUUUAUAUUGUCAAUGGCAUUGAGGAAGAUUUCAGGUCAGAUGGUCGCUCCAAUUAUGACUACAGGCCGAUUGAGUUGGAGACAAAUGUUGUGAGCCAUGCAAGUGGGUCGGCGAGGUUACGAUUGGCCAAUACUGAUAUUCUUGUUGGUGUUAAAACAGAAGUAGAUAUUCCAAAACCUGAAACACCAGGAUUAGGAAAGAUUGAAUUUUUUGUUGAUUGCUCAGCCAAUGCAACUCCAGAGUUUGAGGGAAGAGGUGGAGAACAAUUAGCUAACCGUAUAUCCAAUAUACUCCAAAGAGCCUACCACGCAUCUCAAGCAUUUAAUCUCAAACAGUUGUGUAUCUUUGAAGGAAAGCAAUGUUGGAAACUCUAUGUAGAUAUUUUAAUACUUGAAUGUGGUGGAAAUUUAUGUGAUGCUGUAUCAUUGGCAGUGAAGGCUGCACUUUUUACUACAAGAAUACCAUUUGUCAAAGCAGCUUUAAUGGAUGGUGGAGAUGUGGAUUUACAGUUAUCUGAUGAUCCUUUUGAUAGUAAGCCUUUGGUUGUCGGGACUGCCCCAUUGUUGGUUACAUUGUGUAAAAUUGGAAAUAAAUUUGUAGUCGAUCCAUCAGCCGAGGAGGAAUUUUGUAGCAUUGUAUCAGUUGUCAUUGGUGUGUCUGGUAACCCUGCACAUUACACUACAGAAAAAAUGGAUAAUGUAGAGUGUAAAUUCACUACUAUUGGCAUGAGCGGGGUUGGGGGGCUUGUUCCUGAUACAUUGAAGAGUGCUAUUAGUCAGGGAAUCAUUGCUGCAAAAUGUCUAGAUAGUGCAUUGGGAAGAUCUUUAUUGCGCGAAAAAGAAGAUGUAUGUUCAUAUAAAAAAGAUUCAUAUGGUUUCUUAAAAUAA